AUGUGGCGGGCUGGUCGCCUAGGACGUGGGGCGGCGCUGGGGCUGUUGCUAGCUGUCCACGGGGUGGCGGCGUUCGAGCCCAUCAGCGUGGGCAUCGCCAUCGGGGCCGCGUCGGCGCUCACCGGCUACCUGUCCUACACGGACCUGUACUGCCGCUUCGCCGAGUGCUGCCGCGAGGAGCAGCGGCUCAACGCGUCGGCCCUCAAGCUGGAAUUAGAGGAGAAGCUGUUCGGGCAGCAUCUGGCCACAGAGGUGAUUCUCAAGGCGCUGACUGGCUUCAAGAACAACAAAAAUCCCAAGAAACCGCUGACUCUUUCCUUACAUGGCUGGGCUGGCACGGGCAAGAAUUUUGUCAGCCAAAUUGUGGCUGAAAAUCUUCACUCAAAAGGCCUGAAGAGUAACUUUGUCCACCUGUUUGUCUCGACUCUGCACUUCCCUCACGAGCAGCAGAUAAAACUGUACCAGGACCAGUUACAAGGAUGGAUUCGGGGUAAUGUGAGUGCAUGUGCGAGCUCUGUGUUCAUAUUUGACGAGAUGGACAAAUUGCACCCCGGGGUCAUCGAUGCAAUCAAGCCAUUUCUAGACUACUACGAGCAGGUCGAUGGCGUGUCUUACCGGAAGGCCAUCUUCAUCUUUCUCAGCAAUGCUGGUGGGGACCUCAUAACUAAGAUUGCCCUUGACUUUUGGCGGGCGGGAAGAAAGAGGGAAGACAUUCAGCUGAAGGAUCUCGAACCCGUGCUUUCUGUCGGAGUCUUCAACAAUAAACACAGUGGCCUGUGGCACAGCGGACUGAUAGACAGAAACCUCAUCGAUUACUUUAUCCCCUUCCUCCCCCUGGAGUACAGACAUGUGAAGAUGUGUGUGCGGGCAGAGAUGAGGGCCCGCGGCUCUGCCAUCAAUGAGGACAUUGUCACCAGAGUAGCAGAGGAAAUGACUUUUUUCCCCAAAAGCGAGAAAAUCUACUCAGACAAGGGCUGCAAGACUGUGCAGUCACGGUUGGAUUUUCACUGACCUCUUACUCAAGUGGGGUGAGAGGCCGCUGCGAGCUCAGCAAGCGAGGGUCUUGCCUUCCGGAAGCACUUUGAAUCCCUCUUUGGGGUUUGCACUUUGCACCUGUGGACUUUCGGGAUGUAGAAGUUUCUAAGAGUUGAGUUUUGAACAGACACCCAUCUGUUGAGUGCAGUUGUCAUUUUGGACCUGAUAGCAAUCCAUCUGUUAACUGCGGUGGAAGAUGAACUUUUUAACCCCCGCCCCCACCUUGCUGACCUUGACAGAAGUGCCUUGCAGACAGCUGUGUGAGUGAGACCCACAGCACCCAC